AUGGCGGGCAUCCAUUUGACAUUCUGCAUGAUGGGGUUUGUAGUUGCUGCUUCCAGCCAGCACGCAGACAUGCAGCUUAUGCAGAUGCAGCUGGCUGGUGUCUUGCACGGCAGCGGAAUCUGGAGACCGCCGCAAGGUUGCCGCACCUCGGUCGAGGGUGAUCGGUGUUACGUCGAGGUGAUGUGGGCGAUGAGGACGGGCAUUCAGCAGCACCCAGAGUAUGAUCUUCCUCUGACGAGAAAUUCCAGCUUCGAGGACUUCCAGCAACACUUGCAAGGCACGGCCAGGCUCUCCGGCGUGUGCCCCAAACCAUGUGCGGCUGCAGCGCCGAAGUCACAGCAGCGAGGUCGGCUUGGCUCUGAGACCCAGGCGCGUAGCUCACAGUCUGUUGGAACUCCGAUGCCUACUGCGCAGCAGGUCGGAACUCCAAUGCCAACAGUAAUCCACCUGGAUGACCUGCUCGUUUCAACCUACCCGGGGUACGAGCAAAGCGGCCAAAAUUGCCAGUGCGGAGCAGAGAUCAGGGCAUUGACGGAUGAUUUCGACUCUCUCGAGUUAUGUGCUUCGGAGUGUCCCUUGCACCCAAAUUGCAAGUCAAUUGGUUUUCACCCCUCUCAGUCAGUCUGGAAAGGCGGUUGCUAUCUUUACGAUGCAGAGUGUGGGUCAACGAAUGGGCAUGAUUCCAACACCACUUGUGCCAAUCCAAACCCAGAGGGAGCCCUCAGUGUUAACUUCAACAGGAUACCGACCACGCCUGCACCUACGGCUUCAGUUGAGCCUUGCGACGUCACCGAUGGAUCGUCUCCGAGCUAUUUCUACCAUUGCCAGUGCGGGACUGACAUGUGCCGUACAAACGAGGUCUGCUCAGGUGGCAGGGGAGGCCUUUCGUGCGUUCCUCCAGGCAUUUUGAAGGUAGAGUGGCCGUGCCUGACGACUUCAAUCGGCAGCCCCUACUUCGUGUUUUCUGAGACCAGCGCAGCUGGAGCGCCAGUAUACAGCAACACCGAUGGCAAUUACAUGUAUUGGGACGGUUCGUGUGAUGACAUCGAGCGACCUCCGAAAUAUGAACAGCCGCGGUGGAUGCUGGACUCUGAAGAACCAAACAUGACAGCAACUGUGGAUUUAGAUUAUGACGCGAAUUGCGCUUAUUUUGGGCAUCAUGGUAGUUCAGAUUCGAAUGGUGUCCCACUGGGGAACACAACUUGGUUCUUGGUAUGCGACGGCCAAGGCCUCAACAUGACGGUGAUGAUCACUUACGAGGCGUAUCUCCCCACACCGUCACCGACGAUGGAGCCUGGGAUGCCGUGCCCUUGUAAGCAGUUGUGCGGCUUGUUUCCCUACAUUGGCUUGAAUGGUGAUGGGUGCCUUGAGGAGUAUGAGUGUAACCUAAACCAGUAUCUCGACGGGCACUUUACCGAUAUGGACGCGGACGGGGAUGGAUGCGUGACCCAGCAAGAGUGUGGCGACUCUCCAUACGCGCAGGAUAUGCCUAGGUUCCCGAUCGUGGGUCCAGCUGAAUGCGACUACGGUUAUUACUUCCAGGAGGGCACCAGCGUUUGCCAGCAGUGCACCACGGGCGCCACGCGGCGGCGCCGCUCAGAGGCCUGCGUCGACUGCACCUCGGGCAAAGAAGACCUGGGCGACUUCGACAGCUGCAUCUCGGGGGUGUGGCUCACCGAGCCCAUAUCGGUUGGCGACAUCAACGUCUUCGUCAACAAGGACCUCGACGAAAGCGGCGUCGUGCUGCAGAAGGGCGACGGGAUCACCAUGUCCACACGCAACCCUGGCCACUUCGAGAGACUGGUUAUCGCCGACAAGAUUGGCUUCGAUGGCAGCGAGAGGCUGUCAUCAUACCACGAGUCGCUGUUCCGCAGAAGUGGGCCCUUCUUUGUGCUUGACCACGGAGUGAACGCAGGGUUCAACAAGUUCGACGCGAUCAUCUCGUCCUGCUCGAGCACCAGCGGUAUCGGAAUCAGCUCGCAGUACCCUUGCGGAUGCGGCAUUGGAAUCUGCGAUUUCGGGUUCAGGUGUGACGAGCAGUGCUCUGGGAGCAACGCGGUUCUGGAUCCCUUCGUGGGCAGCAGCUACGGGGGCGGCGGGUGCUGCAUCGGACCCCCGGCCUCUGCUCUGCCGACCCCUUCCCCGACGGUGUCGGCCAAGGGAGACCCGCACCUGGUCAACCUUCAAGGCGAGCACUUCGACAUCAAUCACGGCGCCCUCGAGAAGGCCGACCUCGAGCUCUCUGCCGCGCAGGAGGGCCAGAGGCAGCAAGCGGCCGGUCUCCGAGCUCGUGCACAGAAGGACACCACUGUCCACACGGUGGCGCCCGAUGGCACGCUCACGUACCUCAACCCUGCGCGCGUGGCUGGCCACCCUGCCAAGCAGGCUCGGCAGGGCAUCGCCUUCGACGAGGAGGACUGGCGCCAGGCCAGGGCCCGGCUGCAUUUCUGGGCUGGUUCCAUGAACCGCAACCGUCUGUCUGCCGCAUCCGGAUGCCAUGUGUUCGGUUUCAAUGCGCAGGACUCGUGGUGGGAGUGCUUCUUGUGCGACCGCAAGGUCGACCAGCAUGAACUCAGUCGCGCGUGGCGCAGACCAUGCCUGGGCCAUCCGGCUGCUGCUGGGCCGGUCGCCCGUCGUCCGGCUGCAGCCGUGGCGUCUUCCUCUACUGCUGCUGGGGCCCGCAAUGGUGCUUUUUCAUCUUCUCGUGGGGCCCGCACUGGUGCUCCUCCUUCCCCCUCGUCUGGGGCCCGCAAUGGUGCCCACCCGUCUGGUUGUUCGUGA